UCUGAUAAACAGUGGUCAGCAGUGAGCUACAGAGCUGCGUGCCCAUUUUUCCUGCGAUCCCAGACAUUGUGUGUCUCUCUGGGUUUGUCUCUCCUCUGAUCCUGCUAAAAUCCUCCAUAGUGUGACAGGACACAGUGGACAGGAUGUCAAACCUGAAGGAGUUGUGUAGCGGCCUGCCUCUGGACCCCAUGCCAUCCAAUCGGGGCCGGGACCCCAGUGUGCCACAUGCACCCGUCAGGACGUCCAACCUCACUCCAGAGGAGGAGAGGCUAGCCCUGAGGAAUGCCCUGCGCUACUUUCCCCCCUCCCACCACAACAUCCUGGCUGCUGAAUUCGCCCAGGAGCUCAGGCAGUAUGGACACAUCUACAUGUACCGCUUCUGUCCCCUCAUACAUAUGAGGGCCUACCCUAUAGAUCAGUACCCCUGUCGUACACGCCAAGCUGCCUCCAUCAUGCUCAUGAUCAUGAACAACCUGGACCAUGCAGUUGCCCAGUUUCCCCAGGAGCUGGUUACCUAUGGGGGAAAUGGACAGGUAUUCAGUAACUGGGCCCAGUUCUGCCUGGUGAUGUACUACCUGAGUGAGAUGACAGAGGAGCAGACUCUGGUCAUGUACAGUGGUCAUCCAGCGGGGCUGUUCCCCAGCCUGCCCUCCUCCCCCCGCGCUAUCAUUACCAACGGCAUGGUCAUUCCAAACUACUCCUCCAGAGAGCAGUAUGAGAAGAUGUUUGCUUUGGGUGUAUCAAUGUAUGGUCAGAUGACUGCUGGUAGCUACUGCUACAUUGGGCCUCAGGGGAUUGUCCAUGGCACCAUGCUGACAGUGUUGAAUGCAGGGCGGAGGUAUCUGGGGUCUGAUGACCUGAGGGGCCGGGUGUUGGUGACAUCGGGGCUGGGGGGCAUGAGCGGUGCACAGGCCAAGGCUGCUGUCAUCGCUGGCUGUGUGGGGGUCAUUGCUGAGGUAGAUGAGGUGCCCCUUAGGAAGAGACAUGAGCAAGGCUGGUUAAUGGAGGUCACCAGUGACAUAGAACACUGCAUCCAACGCAUUAGAGAAGCCAAGAGAUCCAAGACUCCCCUCAGCUUGGGUUACCAUGGCAAUGUUGUGGACUUAUGGGAGCGUCUGUUGACGGAGUAUGAGAGGACAGGAGAGCUGCUGGUGGACCUGGGCUCAGACCAGACCUCCCUCCACAACCCCUUCAGUGGAGGGUACUACCCAGCUCAGCUCAGCCUCCACCAGGCCAACCAGCUCAUGGCCACAGACCCAGCACGUUUCAAAACCGUGGUCCAUGAGAGCCUUUGUAGACAGGUAGCUGCCAUCAACAAGCUGUCUGAGGCAGGGAUGUUCUUCUGGGACUAUGGAAACGCCUUCCUCCUGGAGGCCCAGAGAGCAGGAGCGGAGGUAGAGAAGGAGGGAGGCGGAGCGACAGAGUUCCGCUACCCAUCCUACGUCCAACACAUCAUGGGUGACAUCUUCUCCCUGGGCUUUGGACCAUUCCGCUGGGUCUGCACCUCCGGUGACCCCCGUGACCUGACACUGACUGAUGACAUCGCCGCCACUGUCCUGGAGGAGAUCAGCGCCAAUGUGACUGAGCGUGUGCGACAGCAGUACAACGACAACAUCCGCUGGAUCCGUGAGGCCGGAAAACACAGGAUGGUGGUGGGCUCCCAAGCCAGAAUCCUCUACUCAGACCAGAAAGGCCGUGUGUGUAUUGCCUUGGCCAUCAAUCAAGCUAUUGCUGAUAGGAGAGUUUCGGCUCCUGUGGUCAUCAGUAGAGACCACCAUGACGUUAGUGGAACAGACAGUCCCUUCAGAGAGACCUCCAAUGUGUACGACGGCUCUGCCUUCUGUGCAGACAUGGCGGUCCAGAACUUUGUAGGCGAUGCAUUCAGAGGAGCCACCUGGGUGUCCCUGCACAACGGUGGAGGGGUCGGCUGGGGUGAGGUGAUGAACGGAGGGUUUGGUCUGCUCCUGGACGGGACGGAGGAGGCAGCGAAGAGAGCCAGUCUGAUGCUCAACUGGGACGUCUCUAACGGGGUGGCUCGUCGAUGCUGGUCGGGGAACUCCAACGCCUAUGAGACCAUCCAGCGUACCAUGGAGGAGCAAAGGCAGCUUCGCGUCACGAUGCCCUACCCUGUGCAGGACGAAGAUGUGUUAGACAGGGCCCUGCAGGUCUAGAUCAGCACACUGCUCACAACACAGCUAGCUAGUCAGAUGAUAAAGGACACACACAGAAUAUUCAUUGUGUCAAUCCACACCACCAUUCACAAUACCAGAUUGUCCUGAAUUAAGAGCAGAACUAAGAUGAUCACUUGAUCAUGGAUGUCAUACAGUUGAAGUCGGAAGUUUACAUACACUUAGGUUGGAGUCAUUAAAACUUGUUUUUCAACCACUCCACAAAUUUCUUGUUAACAAACUAUAGUUUUGGCAAGUCGGUUAGAACAUCUACUUUGUGCUUGACACAAGUAACUUUUUAACAAUUGUUUGCAGACAGAUUAUUUAACUUAUAAUUUACUGUAUCACAAUUCCAGUGGGUCAGAAGUUUACAUACACUAUGUUGACUGUGCCUUUAAACAGCUUGGAAAAUUCCUGAAAAUUAUGUCAUGGCUUUAGAAGCUUCUGAUAGGAUAAUUGACAUCAUUUGAGUCAAUUGGCAGUGUACCUGGGGAUGUAUUUCAAGACCUACCUUCAAACUCAGUGCCUCUUUGCUUGACAUAAUGGGAAAAUCAAAAUAAAUCAGCCAAGACCUCAGAAAAGAAAUUGUAGACCUCCACAAGUCUGGCAUCAUGAGGGAGGAGAAUUAUGUGGAUAUAUUGAAACAACAUCUCAAGACAUCAGUCAGGAAGUUAAAGCUUGGUCGCAAAUGGGUCUUCCAAAUGGACAAUGACCCCAAGCAUACUUCCAAAGUUGUGGCAAAAUGGCUUAAGGACAUCAAAGUCAAGUUAUUGGAGUGGCCAUCACAAAGCCCUGACCUCAAACCUAUAGAAGAUUUGUGGGCAGAACUGAAAAAGCGUGUGCAAGGAAGGAGGCCUACAAACCUGACUCAGUUACACCAGCUCUGUCAGGAGAAAUGGGCCAACAUUCACCCAAUGUAUUGUGGAAGCUUGUGGAAGGCUACCCAAAACAUUUGACCCAAGUUAAACAAUUUAAAGGCAAUACUAGCAAUUACUGAUUGAGUGUGUGUAAACUUCUGACCCACUGGGAAUGUGAUGAAAGAAAUGCUGAAAUAAACGCUGAAAUAAAUCACUCUCUACUGUUAUUCGGACAUUUCACCUUCUUAAAAUAAAGUGGUGAUUCUAACUGACAUAAAAUAGGGAAUUUCUACAUGGAUUAGAUGUCAGGAAUUGUGAAAACUGAGUUUAAAGUGUAUGUAAACUUCUGACUUCAACUGUAUAUAUACAAGUCUUAUUGCCAAUCAUCAAUUGAAAACAAUGAGUUAACAUGGUGUUCUUUUAUGUACAGUGCAUAUAGAAAGUAAUUCAGACCCCUUGACUUUUUCCACAUUUUGUUACAUUACAGCUUUAUUCUAAAAUGGACUAAAUUGUUUUGUUUUUUCUCAUCAAUCUACACACAAUACCCCAUAAUGGCAAAGCAAACAGUUUUUUUGAAUUGUUUGCAAAUGUAUUAAAAAUAAAAAACUGAAAUAUAACAUUUACAUAAAUAUUCAGACCCUUUACUUUGUUGAAGCAACUUUGGCAGUGCUUACAGCCUCGAGUGUUCUUGAAUAUGACGCUUCAAGCUUUGCACACCUGUUUUUGGGGAGUUUCUCCCAUUCUUCUCUGCAUAUCCUCUCAAGCUCUGUCAGGUUGGAUGGGGAGCAUCGCUGCACAAUGAUUUUCAGGUCUCUCCAGAGAUGUUCGAUAUGGGUCAAAUCCGGGCUCUGGCUGGGACACUCAAGGACAUUGAGAGACUUGUCCCGAAGCCACACCUGCGUUGUCUUGGCUGUGUACUUAGGGUCGUUGUCAUGUUAGAAGGUGAACCUUCACCCUAGUCUGAGGUCCUGAGCACUCUGGAGCAAGUUUUCAUCAAGGAUCUCUCUGUUCUUUUCUCCGUUCAACUUUCCUUCCAACCUGACUAGUCUCCCUGUCCCUGCUGCUGAAAAACAUCCCUACAGCAUGAUGCUGCCACCACCAGUAGGGAUGGUGUCAGGUUUCUUCCCGAUGUCACGCUUGGCAUUCAGGCCAAAUAGUUCAAUCUUGGUUUCAUCAGACCAGAGAAUCUUGUUUCUCAUGGUCUGAGAGUCCUUUAGGUGCCUUUUGGCAAACUCCAAGUGGGCAGUCAUGUGCCUUUUACUGAGGAGUGGCUUCUGUCAGGCCACUCUACCAUACAGGCCUGAUUGGUGGAGUGCUGCAGAGAUUGUUGUCCUACUGGAAGGUUCUCCUAUCUGCACAGAGGAACUCUGGAGCUCUGUCAGAGUGACCAUCGGGUUCUCUGUCACCUCAUUGACCAAGGCCCUCCUCCCCUGAUUGCUCAGUUUGGUAGUCGGCCAGCUCUAGGAAGAGUCUUGGUGGUUCCAAACUUCUUCCAUUUAAGAAUGAUAGAGACCAAUGUGUUCUUGGGGACCUUUAAUGAUGCAGACAUUUUUGUACCCUUCCCCAGAUCUGUGCCUAAACACAAUCCUGUCUUGGAGCUCUUCGGACAAUUCCUUCCACCUUGUGACUUGGUUUUUGCUCUAACAUGCACUGUCAACUGUGGGACAUUGUAAAAACAGGUGUGUACCUUAUGGUGUGUAACAUUUCGAUUGGUAUGUAUAAAUAUGUGGAUUUCCAUCACCCAUUUUGUGUGUAUACAAAUCACAAUUCGUGUUAUAUGUAAUACUUUAAAACACCAGUAAUCACACUUUAAAGCCACAGUAAUCACACUUUAAAGCAACAGUAAUCACACUUUAAAGCAACAGUAAUCACACUUUAAAGCAACAGUAAUCACACUUUAAAGCAACAGUAAUCACACUUUAAAGCAACAGUAAUCACACUUCAAAGCAACAGUAAUAGCACUUUAAAGCAACAGUAAUCACACUUCAAAGCAACAGUAAUAACACUUUAAAGCCCCAAUAAUCACACUUUAAAGCAACAGUAAUAACACUUCAAAGCAACAGUAAUAACACUUCAAAGCAACAGUAAUAACACUUCAAAGCAACAGUAAUAACCCUUCAAAGCAACAGUAAUCACACUUUCAAGCAACAGUAAUCACACUUUAAAGCAACAGUAAUCACACUUUAAAGCAACAGUAAUCACACUUUAAAGCAACAGUAAUAGCACUUUAAAGCAACAGUAAUAGCACUUUAAAGCAACAGUAAUAGCACUUUAAAGCACCAGUAAUAGCACUUUAAAGCACCAAUAAUAUCACAUUAAAGCCCCAAUAAUCACACUUUAAAGCAAACAGGAAUCACACUUUAAAGCAACAGUAAUAGCACUUUAAAGCCCCAAGAAUCACACUUUAAAGCAACAGUAAUCACACUUUAUAGCACCAGUAAUAGCACUUUAAAGCAUCAGAUAUAAUAUUGUACUUGCAUAGGGUAGUUCAAAUACUUUUUUUAUGUUGGAAUAUGGAAUAUGGUUACUGGGCUAUUAUUUUGUAUGUGAAGGUAAUAAAGACUACCACUGACUGACUAGCA